UAACUUGUUCAGUUCCCUUUCUGCCCAGGUCUCUGACCGGCGGAUUUGUAUUUUGUUAAAGCUACAAUUUUUAUGGUAGAGGCAGGUUUUAGGAAAGCAUCGCUUCAGAUAAGACCUACAAUCACAGAAUGCUUUGGCAGUCAACCAGAAUGGAGCACACUCAAAGAAAAGGCAGAGUUACACCUGGAGCGUUGCCCCUUGCGAAUACGUGCGGCAGACGCCUGUUUCACAGUUUGCCUCUUGGCAGCCAGCUAUGAUGUCAGAGAGAGGUGUACCUUAUGAAGCAGCGUAACUUAGUGAAACUUCAACACUUUCAAGUGCUUCCACACCCAGAGGACAACCUCUGAAGAAGUGCUUGCCAGUAUUAUCUCCACCUAAGAGGUUUUUCUUCUAAAAACUUAAAAAAAAACACCAAAACAAAGGCACUGAAGAAUUAUGAAAAUCACAUUUUUCUUUGCUGUGUUGUUCUUACUGGAUCUCUUCACUUGCUGUCACGCUGAUCCACAAUAUCCCUUGCCUGACAUUGAAGAUGCAAAGUUCAUUGAAGACUGUGUGAGAGCUCACAACAAGUUUCGAUCCAACGUGAGUCCACCAGCCAGCAAUAUGUUUCGCAUGUCCUGGGAUGCUGCUUUAGCUAAGACUGCCAAAGCAUGGGCAAAGAAGUGCAAGUUUAGGCACAACAACUACCUUAAAGUGCCAGGGAAGGUGCACCCCACCUUUACUCCGCUUGGAGAAAACAUCUGGACUGGCACAGCCACCAUCUUCUCCGUGGACGCAGCCCUCAGUGCCUGGUUUAAUGAAGUCAGCAGCUAUGAUUUCAGCACUAAUAGCUGUACUGACAUGUGUGGUCACUACACACAGGUCGUUUGGGCAGAGAGUUACAAAGUUGGCUGCGCAGUUCACUUCUGCAAUACAGUUGAAAAUUUUCCAGGGCUCUUCAGAGCAGCACACUUUGUUUGCGACUAUGGGCCAGCGGGGAAUUACCCAAGAAAACCAUAUAAAGCAGGACAACCAUGCAGUGGAUGCAGCAAUGAGAAGUGUGUAGACAAGCUGUGUGAAAAUCUGGAACGUGAGAAGCUGAUAAAUUAUGACUACUGGUAUCCAGACUGGGAUACACAACCCCAGCCACCACGGCCACGGCCGCGGCCACGGCCCCCCAGGCCUCCCACUCCACCAUACAUCCCACCUGCUGAGCAUCCACACAUCCCACCUGCUGAGCAUCCGCACAUCCCACCUUCUGCGUCUGCACGAGCCUCUUGUGACCAGUACUGCCUUAGUGUUUCAAUUUUAAGGCCACUGUUUCUGGUACUGAGUGCUGGUGCUGCUCUUCUGGCACAACAGUGGUUUCCACACAGAUUCUUUUACGAGUAAUGAUCAAUUAAGUAUACUGAUAGCGAUCCUACCGCUGUAUUACUCUCAGAGAAUUGCACACAUUUGCAAGAACACUUGGUCAUCUCUCCAUUAUCCUGGUGAUGUUUAUCCAGCAUAGAGAAGGCUGCUUCUUCACUUGAGGCAAGAUGUAAGUGGCUGUGCACAGAGUUGCUGUAAUGUGUUGGCAGCAGCUGCAACGCACUUCUGCGUCUGCACGAGCCUCUUAGCUCUGGCUCAGGAGUAGAUUGCUGGUGGGACCCCAUAGACUGUAUAUUACUAUACAUGCUAACAAGCCUCCUGGAAGCCUGGAGCGUCACAAAGACAUGUCUGAAGCGGCAUAGCGGAUCAAAAAGAAGCAAUAACUCAUCUGCAUUAACCUUCAAUUACCCCAGACAUCGCUUUCCCUGGAUAAUGGAGAUUUAACAGUAUGUUAUUAUUUUUAAGAACAGAAAGAGUAAAAGCUUGUCCUUGACUCUAUUUAGCCUAUGCGUUAUCAGUCUCCAUUGAAGUUACUCUAUUGUCGGUUGUAUUAUUCUGUUCUUCUCAGUUAAGCUUUGUCCUCCAUAGCUAGAAGAAUACCAGGGAAAGUUGGUAGAGCAAGGAUUAAGAUGGAGUAUCAAUGGGGAGAGCUUAAUUUUAGGA